AUGGAUAAGGACACGGAGCAUGAUAUAGGUGCCCGUAGAGAGAGGCCAUGGCUUUAUGCAUGGAACCGUAGGCUUCGGCAUCUCCAGGGAAUUUCUAUACGCAACUUGGUUGUGACGCCUCCCUCGACUCGAGCUCGCGGCAAGACCAUUGAUGACGACGAUAUCCCGAAUACCUUAAAGACACCCUCGAAGAUCCUAUCGCAGAACCAAAAUCACACUUUACACCCCUCGCGAUCUUUCACUGAUCUCAAGUCGCAUUCGAGUCAACAUGACACAAAGGAGCCCGCGAUGCGUUCGUCGCGUCGCAGAAGUACCCUGUUCUGGAACGACCCCAAUCCUCGAACUCGGCAGGUCAAACUAGAGGAUAUCACCAACAGCCGCAUGGCGGAUACAUUCUUCUCACUUCAUUGCGAUGGUCUUAACGAGCCAGUCUAUAUUAGCGAAACGGUCGACCGUGCAAACAAUCCGAGUUUCCGAUCUUUCGACUUGAAUAUAUGUGGCCCGUACGUCUCUCGGAAGGACGAGUUGACUCUGAAGCUCUGGACAAAGACUGGUGACAUGUCUGAGUUUUUUCUACUAGUUGAACUACAGCUGCAUUUGCGAUCACUGCAGUUUUUGGGGAAAACAUUGGAGAGCUUCCACCAACCACUUCCUGCGAACUCGAUCCUUUUUCACUUCCCAGACGGUGUGUAUUCCAACCUCACUGACCUUCCGCUGGUCGAAACAUCGCUCCAAGCUGCAGGACAGAAGGUCACUGCAGACGGUACCGCCUUGCCAUCCUCAUCGUAUGACGCGUUGAUGAAAUUGGCCAAUUUGGACGAAUGUGUGCAGGAUGCAUUGGCAACCAGGGAAAAAUUGGAAGCUCAGAUUAGCUCAAUUCUACAGCAGAACGAACGCUCACUGAAUGUAUCGAGUGAUGCAGCUGUGGCACAGGAAAAGCUUGCUCUUACCAAGCAGUAUGUCGCCAUAGAGCGCAAAAGAGUCCGCACCGCAGUCAGACGCAAAGAGGAGCUCAUUUCCAGUAUCAAAGCCCGGAAAGAAGCCAUGGAACAAGGCCGUAGUGCUCAGGAAAAGACACGCAGUCAUCUUCCCGAGGCUCAGGAGAGGUUAGUUUCCAGCGAGCAAUUGCUUGAGCAAACCGAGGAGGACACCAAGGGCCAGCUCCGACGUAUUGCUGAAGAUCUUCUCACGAUCUAUCCUAUUGAACCAAUCCCCGAUAAACCCCUUGCAUUCACCAUCGCCGGGCUGGCCCUCCCAAACUCGACCUUCGAGGAUAUCGACCGUGAGGUAGUUGCAGCGGCGUUGGGACACACAGCUCACCUGGUCUAUCUGCUCUCAUUCUAUCUGUCGGUGCAUCUUCCAUACUCGAUCAACGCAAACGGGUCAACUUCGUUCAUACUAGACCCCAUAUCUGCAUCACUUCCACAGCGCACUUACCCCCUCUACCCGGUGAGUGUCCAGUACCGGUUCGAGUACGCGGUCUUCCUCCUGAACAAAGACAUUGAAUACAUCCUCAUCAAACAAGGACUGCGCGUCUUGGAUAUCCGACACACUCUUCCCAACCUCAAGUACCUCCUUUACGUUCUUACAUCCGGCGACUCGGUGAUCCCCGCCCGUAAAGCUGGUGGUGUCCGAGCUCUUGUUGCUGGGCGGUCGACUCCUAAUCCAUCACGACGUGGUAGCGUGGACAGUGGUGCAUCCGGUGAGCUGGUGCAGCCACGUAAAACCUGGGAGUCAAUGUCUCGGAUGAACGUCAGCCUCGCCUCACACAAGGUGAAAUAG